AUGGUGUCUGAUUAUUUUAUUAAAAAUGUGUUCAUGAGCGUUAUUCAAGGUGUCGACCUCGAAGACGUUCACUACAUUGUGCCACGUACCGAAGAUAACCUCAUUUUUGGCAAGAAGGACAAGAGCGGAUUCUUCGCAGCGAAGACCAAGUCGGCGGUGCUGAUCGCCGUUUAUGAGGGCGAGAACCAAGUGUCUGCGCAAGUGCGUGCAUCAGUUGAGAAGCUAGCCAAGUAUCUCGAGGAGAUUGGCUAUUAG